CAGCUGGCGGGGAUUGUCUGUUCUUCCAGGGUACAAAGUUCGGCACGGUUGAAUUCUCCGUUCCGUUCCACGAAAUUUCUCGUUCUCGUUCCGCUCGACUUUCUCAUCGUCUCGUUGUGUUCUCCCUGCUUCCUAGGAAGCUCCAACCAGUUUCUACAUCAAUCAUCACCCGUGAGCCAGCCCUGUGCUAUGUCGGACAGCGAGGAGGAGUCGGUUCCCAGCGGGGACGAGGAAGAAGAGGAAGAGGACGAGGAAGAGGAACUGUUAGAAGAGUAUGAAAAGGCCAAGAAGCCACGGAACCAGUUCAUCUAUGAAGAAGCAGAGGAAACGGACGAGGAGGAGGAGGAGGAUGAGUGGGAGACCGGAGCUGAAACGCUGCUGAAGGAGACGAGAAAUCGAACAUCCACUUACGACUCCCACGAAGAUGAUGCUAGCAAGCAGAGGCAGCUGGACAUGAAGAGGAUAUGGUCAGAGGAGUCCGAGGAGAGUAUUGAAGAGUACUACAAGAAGAAGUAUGCCUCCACUCCCACCAUUGGGAUUGAUGAGAUGGAGAACCAGCCGAGGGAGAUUCAGCAGCAGCGCCUCCUGCCUGGAGUCAAGGACCCCAACCUGUGGAUGGUAAAGUGUCGUAUCGGGACGGAAAAGGAGACGGUCAUCACGCUCAUGAAGAAGUUCAUCCAGAUGCAGUUUGGAGACAGUCCUCUACAGAUCAAGAGUGUGGUGGCCAAGGAGGGCAUCAAGGGCUACGUGUACAUCGAGGCCUUCAAACAGCAACACGUGAAGCAGGCCAUCGAGGACAUACGUAACCUGAGCAUGGGGAAGUGGCAACAGCUGAUGGUGCCCAUCAGAGAGAUGACCGACGUUCUCAGGGUGUUUAAGGACGACGCUGCACUCAAGAGGGGUUCGUGGGUCAGAAUCAAACGUGGCAUGUACCGAGAUGACAUUGCACAGGUUGACUAUGUGGACAAGUCCAGGAACCAGGUGGCUCUGAAGAUGCUGCCUCGUGUCGACUACUCCCGCAAGAGAGGAGCACUGAAGGGUACCGAGGACGCCACUCGCAAACGCAAGAGAGGCAGGCCGCCGGCCAAGCUGUUCGACCAGGAGGCCAUCAAGUCAGUAGGAGGAGAGGUGAGCCACGAUGGAGACUUUGUCGUCUUCGAAGGAAACCACUUCAGAAACGGGUUCCUCUACAAGAACUUUGGAAUGUCUGCCAUCGUAAGUGGCUCUUAACAAAUUGCUCCCUGACUAAUAUCCUUGAUCAAUAUACAUAUGUACGUAUGUAUACAGUGGA